AUGACGGAGAAAAGGACUCAGGCGGACGCCGGGAGCCCGCCCAGAAGCAUUGGCGAGGUUGAACCACACGCCAAAGGCUGGUUGCAACGGGUUCAAUACUUUUCCGCUCUGCUCGAUCGAAAGCUGCAUAUCGAAAGCCGCGGCAUCGAGCGCGUGCUGCCCACCGAGCGCGAUGAGCACCUCAACUAUCUGGACAUGAUGUUCCUGUGGUUUUCUUGCUCCGCGACCAUCUCAACCGUGGCGACGGGACUCCUCGCAGGACCUUCAUGGCUGGGUCUCAGCGUGACCAACGGCUUCCUGGCUGUCUUCUUCGGCACAGCUCUGGGGGCGGCCUGCGCCGCGUACAUGGGCACAUUUGGACCACGCCUGGGACUCCGACAGAUCAUCCUGGCCCGGUUCUCCUUCGGUUGGUAUGGUGGGAAGCUCGUGGCCCUGGUCAACGCCAUCACCGAGCUGGGCUGGUGCCUCGUGGGCGUGGUGAUCGGGGGCCAAAUCCUCAGCUACAUCUCCGGAGGCUCCUGUCCGACGGUGGUGGGAAUCAUCAUUCUCUCGGUGCUGUCAUUUGUCGUGGCGGGCUUCGGAUACAGUCUGGUGCAUUUCUACGAGCGAUAUGCCUUCAUUCCAGGCUUCAUUGCCGCCAUCAUCCUCUGCGCCAUUGCGUCGAGGCACUUUGACUCGGGCGCUCCCAACCUGUACUCCGGACCCACGUUCUCCGGCAACUUCUUAACCAUGCUCACCAUCUGCUUUGGCUCGGCCUCGGGGUUUUUGCCCAUCGCCAGCGACUACUACAUCACCUACCCGGCAACAACUCCACACUGGAAGACCUUUGCCCUGACAUGGACCGGCAUUGUUGUGCCCAUGGUGUUCUUCCAAUCCGUCGGGUUAGCCAUUGGCGGUUCCAUGACGAGGUAUCCCGAGUGGCUGGACAUCUAUUACGACGAGGGCUAUGGAGCGCUGAUUGGGACCGCGCUGGAACCUGUGCACGGAUUCGGCACGUUCCUCAUGGUCGUCUUCUUCCUCGGUCUCAUUGGCAACAAUAUUCCCAACACAUACUCGGCAGGCCUGUCUAUCCAGGCCCUCACUCACUAUUUCGCCAUCAUCCCACGCUUGUUCUGGACUCUCGUUGGUGUCAUAAUAUAUACUGUCUGUGGAAUCGCAGGCCGAUCCCACCUGAUGACCAUCAUCAGCAACUUCCUGAGCGUGAUCGGGUACUGGACCAGCGCCCUGUUCAUGAUUGUCAUCGAGGAGGACCUCAUAUUCCGGCGCCGAAGCGGCUACGACGUCGACGCGUACGCUGACAAGAGCAGAUUGCCAUGGGGUGCCGCGGCGGUGUUCAGUUUCCUGCUGGGCAUUGUCGGGGCGGUGCUUGGAAUGAACCAGACGUGGUACGUCGGCGUUAUAGCUCGACAGAUUGGAGAGAUGGGUGGUGAGCUGGGUGUCAUCCUGGCCUUUGCCUUCACGGGCAUCUCAUACCCGCCGCUGCGAUGGUUGGAGCGUCGGUAUGUGGGGAGAUGA